GGAAACAUUGGAAAAACCAAUGCAAAAUCAUACUAGUUGUUACAUUUGCAGCUCACCCAAUUCCCAAAAUCAUAAAAUUCCAUUUUUUUCACCUACUAAAUCAAGCUUCUUGUUCACCAUAUAAUUCAAUUUCCUCAAAUUACAAUGGGCAAUGCUUCUUCCAUGUUGACUCAAUAUGACAUUGAAGAAGUUCAAGAACACUGCAAUCACACAUUUUCACAGCAGGAGAUACUUUCAUUGUAUCAAAGGUUUUGUCAAGUGGAUCGAAAAGGGUGUGGAUUUAUCUCUGGAGAAGAGUUUCUUUCGGUGCCUGAAUUUGCUGUCAAUCCUCUUUCACAGAGGCUAUUCAGGAUGAUCGAUGGGUUAAAUUUCAAAGAAUUUGUGGCAUUCUUAUCAGCAUUUAGUAUUCAUGCUAGCUUGCAGCAAAAGGUUGAAUUUAUCUUUAGGGUUUAUGAUUCAGAUGGGAAUGGAAAGGUGACGUUCGAUGAUAUGCUGGAGAUCUUGCAGGAUUUGACUGGACAAUUUAUGUCUGAGGUUCAACGAAAGCAAGUUUUGACGCGUGUUCUUGAGGAAGCAGGAUACAGUAAGGAUUCUUCACUAGUCCAAUCUGACUUCCUAAAGAUUCUUGGCAGCUCUGAUGUGAAGAUGGAAGUUGAAAUUCCAGUAGAUUGAAAAAGACUUUACUGUUACUAAGUGAGGUUCAUGUAAUUGCACCAUACUAAGAGUUAAUAACUCCUUUUCAACUGCUUGAUUUAAUAAUGUCACUUGUUAUAAGAGUGUGUGCUACUUAACAAUGUAUACUUUGAAUUUAAGCCCAUGUUGAAAAGGAUUUGCCGGGGCGAAGCUCUGUGUGACCAAGGAUGGUCAACUAAA